AUGGUCCUGUUGCAGGAUUUCCGGGAAUGGUAUUACACGACUGAGCUGCUGCUGCUUUUGGUACUGCUGCUCUUCCUGAGCAUUUUGAUGGCACGAACUUUUUGUACGAAAACAGCGAAAUGCAUUGGUGCAGUGAAAUAUCACGAUACGACAGGAGCAAUCACCAGUGCAACAACUGCGGGUGCCAUCGGCACGGCUGCUGAACCAGCCGCAGCAACUGUGGUACUUCUGAAAUCGCCAACGGAUAAAGAUAUCGAAUCGUUACAACCUUCAUUCACUGAAUUGCUGUUUGAUAUUGAUAUUUUUGUAAGUUUUUUAUGA